CACCCUCUCUUUCCUCUCUUUUUGCAACGUUCUCUUUCGCCCAGCCAUCGCUCCCAGUCCCAGGUGAGAGUUCUCGUCUCGCUCGCCCCCCGAUUCGCCCAACCCCGUUUCCUCCCGCCCACCUACUCCUCGAAUGCAUUCGAUACGGCCAAUCGCUGCCAUCUGCCGAGUUUUUUAGGGUUUCUCCGAUUCGGAGUGCUUCCGGUAUCGGAUCUGCGCAAACGCGGUCGACGUGGGCGGAAUUCGGUGCUCGCUUGGAGAUUUGAAGUUUUGUCUGGAGCUUUUAGGGGUUUCUUGCUUUGUAUGCAGGUCUGAAGAAGGUCUCAUGUGGUUUGGUACAGGUGUGUCGAAGUCGCGGUGAUUUGAUCUAUGGAUCGAGUUCCGUUGUGCUGUUAGGCUUUAUUUCGAGGGUUGUGUGGCGUUAGAUCUUGCAAGCGUGGGAUAAUGAGGGGAAAGGUGGAAUUUGAGACUAUCUUUGCGAUGAUUUGUGAGGUUUUAUCAUAACAAAUAGAAUCUCUGAAUCUGUGCCGGUACAUUAGAAAUUUGGAUGAAUUUUGAUGUUAUUUGUGUCAGCACUGUGGAUUAAAUUUCGAGGUCUGAUCCUAAUCCUAGGUCUCGUUCAUUCUUUGUUUGUUCAUGUCCUAAUUCUGCAAGCGGUCUGAGUUCUUGAUGAUUUUGGAUUUGGGGAGAGUCUGUCUGUUUGUCAGAAGUUUAAACAUUUCGAGACUUGGUAUUGUUGUUGAGCAUGAAAGUUGGGAGAUUAGACGAAACUUUUCCAUGUGUCUUUAUUAGGUGUCGGUUCUUUCUUUAAUGGAACUCGGGAAGAUUUCAGACCUUCUGAUUUAGAAGAUGAGGGUGGAUGGAGAUGCAUGCCAUUUAAUACGGUUUUAAGGCUUUAAUUUUUGUUGGGUCCGGCAGUCUUGUACUUCUGAAAUUAUCUGCAGAACAGGGGAUUUUUGUAAUGGUAGAAAUUUAAUAUCUUGAUGUUCUCAGAGACUCCGCAUUUUGCAAUAACUCAAAGCGGAGUAGCUCUGAGGGUUCCAAGGAAAGGAAAUGAUCGAUCAGUUCAUCAAUUUUGUGAUUCGACCUCCUAGGGCAGAGUAUAACCCAGACCAGUAUUUAUGGGAAUCAGAAUUCACUCUUGCAAGCAGAAAAUUCAAACGCCUAGACUUGGAGCUUACAAAUGCAAGAGGUCAUACAUUGCAGUGCAGUCACUAUGUUCCCUCUGAUAUCCCAGAAGACACUGCUCUUCCUUGUGUCAUUUACUGCCAUGGAAAUAGUGGAUGCAGAGCAGAUGCAAAUGAAGCCGCCGUAAUCCUUCUUCCUUCGAAUAUUACAGUCUUCACUCUUGACUUUUCAGGCUCAGGCCUAUCUGGAGGUGACUAUGUCAGCCUUGGUUGGCAUGAGAAAGAUGAUCUCAGAAUUGUUGUCUCUUUCCUGCGAAGCAAUAAGCAAGUUUCUUGUAUAGGCCUUUGGGGUCGAUCCAUGGGUGCUGUCACAAGCCUUCUUUAUGGAGCAGAAGACCCCUCAAUUGCUGGCUUGGUUCUGGAUAGUGCAUUCUCUAACUUAUUUGAUCUAAUGAUGGAGCUUGUGGAUGUUUACAAAAUUCGGCUUCCCAAAUUUACAGUCAGAAUGGCUCUUCAGUACAUGCGGCGUGUUAUUCAGAAGAAGGCCAAAUUUGACAUUAUGGAUCUAAAUGCUGUACAGUUCGCACCAAAAACCUUUAUCCCAGCAUUAUUUGGACAUGCUUCUGAGGACAUAUUUAUUCAGCCACGUCAUUCUGAUCUUAUUUACCAGGCAUAUGCGGGAGACAAGAAUAUUAUCAAAUUUGAGGGUGAUCACAACUCCCCCAGACCACAAUUUUACUAUGAUUCUGUUUCAAUUUUCUUCUACAAUGUCCUUCAUCCCCCUCAAAUAUCUACAACAUGCUCUAGUAAGGUGGAGAAGUACUAUGAUUUAGGAGGUCUGAAGAUUGCUGCUGGUACAGAUGAGAGUUUAUUGUAUGAGAUCAUUGCUGGUCUCCGUGCAGCUCGUACCAAUGCAGCAAGUUCGUCGUCAGCUCCUCCUAGCAAUCCAAAUGGUUCGGCCACAGAAUCAAUAGUUGAAUUGCUAUCAGAAAGUGUAGCUAAUAUGUCUGUAAAUAAUGAGUUGGAUUUUCUUCUUGAUCAUGACAACACCGCUACUGGAACGGGUGGGAAUACUAUGGAAGAAUCUCAUUUGCAGGAUAACUCGAACGAACAAAAUGAUGAAUGCUGCUCCUAUACGAGCUCAAACAGGGAGAGCUGGGGAAGGUGUUCAUCUCUAGGGGGAGCAAGCGAGGGAUCAUCCUCGGCAGAGUGCACUGGAAGUUCAAAUAGCAAAAGCCAGCAUAUGACACUUAAGGCACUCGCAUCGCCUCUGAGACGGAUACAAUGGAAGUCAUCUGCUAAGCUAAAGGAGAAGAAGGGCAGCCCAAUAUUGAGGAAAUCAAAGCGUGAGAAGCUGGAGAAGGGGGAAACAUUAAGCGAACGCCUACGACUCUGCUUCCUAGGUCGAGCCAACCACAAACGACACCGAUCAUCUUGACCUACCCUCCAUUUCAUAGCUUUGUAUCAUAACAGUAAUUUCCUGAGAAGGUAUUGAUACCUCUCAACCAACCCUGCCCCCCGGGGGCAAUUAUUUUCCUUUAUUUUAACUGGUGAAUGUAACUUAAAAUGUAAGUUGUAUCUAGUUGAUGAACGAUGAUUCCGCUUAAUCUGAGAGAAAUGAUUUAACCUGAACCGACUGACUUCAUUCAUGUUGGAUCAGGGCCAGCUGCGUUUAGUGAAAUCUAUGACAUGGAGUAUGUUUGUAGUUUUGUU